AUGAACGCGCGGGAGGAGGGACCUGUCGGCGCGCGCCUCCGAGUCCGCUUGGCAGUUGAGCGCGAGGCUGGGAUUGAGCGGGAACAGCGCAGCGCUCUGCUUCACUUUUUACCUCAGCGAUUUCGCUCGUGUUUACCGAGAACCGCAACAGCAAGAACAGCCGCAACACACACCGACCGUUUCCUCCAGAACCGAGGGACCGCGAGAGCCGACAUGCAGAACCCGGUGUACUGGGUGGUCCUGGGCGGAAUAGCCGUCGCUUUGAUCCAACAAGGUCUGCCCGUCCGGAGCCAGGGGGACUCUCAGUCUGACAACAAAGUGAUGGACAAUAUCACCGUCCGGCAGGGAGAGACGGUGUACCUCAGUUGUUCUCAGGGUGACGUUGUGACGCAUACGGCUUGGCUGAACAGGUCCAGCAUACUCUACGCCGGCGAGGAUAAGUGGUCUGUGGACCCCCGUGUGAGCCUGGUCACUCUGAACCGGGACGAGUUCACCAUUAAGAUCGAGAACGUGGACAUGAGCGACGAGGGGCUGUUCGUGUGCGCCGUUCAGACCAGCAGCAAACCCAGAACAACAUCCGUCCACAUCAUCGUACAAGUUCCUCCCAAAAUUGUCAACUUCUCGAAGGACAUGAUAGUGAACGAAGGCUCCAACGUCUCGCUGAUGUGCCUGGCCACCGGUAAACCCGAACCCGCAAUCAGUUGGAGAAUGCUCUCCCCGUCUGGGGACGGUCCUGGCUCAGAUGAGGAGUACUUGGAGAUCCCCUCCAUCAGCAGACAGCGGGCAGGAGAGUACGAGUGCACUGCGGUCAACGACAUCGCCACUGACACGAAAACAGUGCAGCUGGUGGUCAAUUACCCACCCACUGUGUUGGAGGGCCGAGAUGUGGGAGUGACUCUGGGUCAGAGAGGGGUCCUGCAGUGUGAGGCUGAUGCUGUACCUGAAGCAGACUUCGAGUGGUACAGAGACGACAGAAGGAUCUUCAACGGCUUUGAUGGGAUUGAGAUCGAGAAUUCUGGCGCCUUAUCAAAGCUGACUUUCUUCAACGUGUCCGAGGCAGACUACGGAAAUUACACUUGCAUCGCCAUCAACAAGCUCGGGAGCGCAAACACAAGCAUCGUUCUAUACGAAGUAAUUGAACCCACUAGCUCGACACUAUUGCAAGGACCCGGCGCAGUGCAAGACGGCAACAGCGGCACAUCGGGAACGUACACGCCCAUCAGCCUGCUCCUCAUCGUCGCCCUGCAGCUGCUGCUCAAGUUUUGAUGGUGAAGAGGUUUCAGGAAGACACAGCCUCAUCUCUCUCUCCUCACUACUCAUAUCAACAACACCUGCAGCCGCCAACGAGAGCACGGAGUACCGAGCGUGCAUGGGAUUCCCCACUCCUCCUCCUUUUUUUUUUUUUUGUUUUGAUAUCAAAUAAUCAAGUAUGUCGAAUUACGUGUUGGAUUUGUUUUUUUCUUCUUCUUUGUAUUAAUUGAGAUUUAUUUUAUUACUAUUUAUUUGUUUUGUUGCCCCACCGAUACGUCAGCAUUUCUCUAGUCCUAGUCCUAGACAGUAAGCCAGUUGAGGUGAGGCUUGUCUAAGUGAAUAGAUAUGCUAUAUAUCUAAUAUGCGUAUAUUCAAAUACAGCUCUGGGGAAAAAAAAUAAGAGACCACUUAAAAAUGAUGUAUUUUCUUUAUUUUAUCAAAUUGAAAACCUCUGGAAUAUAAUCAAGAGAAAGACGGAUGAUCACAAGCCAUCAAACCAAACUGAACUGAUUGAAUUUUUGCGCCAGGAGUAAAGCAGCAUAAAGUUAUCCAAAAGCAGUGUGUAAGACUAGUGGAUGAGAACAUGACGCCAAGAUGCAUGAAAACCAGGUGUGAUUAAAAACCAGAGUUAUUCCACCAAAUAUUGAUUUCUGAACUUUGGAAGAAAGGUUGUCUGUAGUUUAUAGAAUAAAACAACAACAAUAAUUUUAUUCAAACAUAUAACUAUAAAUAGCAAAAUCCGAGAAACUGAUUCAGAAACUGAAGUGGUGUCUUAUUUUUUUUUUCCAGAGCUGUAUUAAAUGAUUUCUGUAUUACUGUAGCUUUGUUAUCUAAAUAAAAGAUUGCUAAAUGUACUUAAAAAAAAAGCUUAUACAAAUUUCAAACAAUUCAUAUAAUAAUUGAUGAGUUAUCUGAAAAUCCAAGGGAAUGAAGUGGUGAAGAAGGGAUAAAGAAGGAUGUUCACAUUUGCCUCCUUUUUUAGUGGAAUGUCACGUCGGUGAAUUACCUCAAGAAGUUAAUGUCAGUAAAUGUAGUAAAUUCAAAGUCAUUGUACAAUUCCUUACGUUAUCAUGCUUCACAGCAUGAUGACAAGUUUUUCUUUUUUUUCUUUUUUUUUAAUUUUCAGUAAAAUCUUAUGGGGAAUCUUAUGGGAAUUUAUGCUUGUGAUUUUUUUUUUAGAAAUAAAGAUAUAUAUAUAUUAAUGAGGAGAGAAGCAGAUUUUCUUUUUGUUGUUUUCUUUUUGUUUUGUUUUGUUUUCUUGGGUUGUUUUUGUGGUAAUUACAAAUACUACAAAUGAUAUGUGUAACAUUGUUUUUUUUGUAUGUUUAGCAUAAAAGCUAAGUGGGGAUAUGCUGCAGGUUCAUUAAAAAGAAGAAAACUCAUCUCCUAAUGCUUUUAAUUUGAGUUGUUAAUUUAGUCAAACAGAGAUUAAUUCAUUUUUUUGCUUUACAUUACUUUUGUUGAUUUGACAUUUAGACAUUUAAAUGUAACAUGAAUUAAACCCAGAAUCCAGAGUGUUACAGUUUUUUCUUAUUAAUCUUAUAAUAUUAUUGAUAAAGCAAUGAUGCAUCCAUCCAAAAUCCCGUCCACAAUCCACAAUCUACCACGCUCUGUCCAGAGUCCACAAAAUCCACCAGUUUUACGGAGUUUUAUGGACUAGGGCUGACAUCGUAGGGCUUUGGGGUAAAGGAGCACAUUGCCAUUCCACUGAUUGAGAAAGCCCAAAGAACUAUCAGCUAUCAGUGAUCAGUUAUCAGCUAACACUCGUUGAUUAUGAUUGUUUUUUUUCAGCUGUUGUAUCAUCAUGUAAAAUUUGAGAGUGAUAGUUUGAGAUACUAUACUAUUAAUUUUACUGUUAAACGUCUUGGUUUUACGACCAUGCCGGUAUCUUAAGCAAUGCGUCCAUAUACAUUAUAAUGAUUUUAAUAUUUUAAUAUAUAUAUAUAUAUAAAUAUAUAUUUUUCUUUGAGUUACUUUUGAUUUGCUCUCUGACUAUUCGGUGGUCCUGAACUCCCUAUUCCCAUAUAUACAUAUACGACUCAUCACGACUACUGAGUUCUCUUCUCUUGUCUAUAUGCAUAUAAUAAUAUGUACAAAAGGGAAAAAUAUGCACCUGUUUUUACUAAAAUUGUGAACCAGUUUAAUACAAUGCAACAGACUUUUUUCUAUUUUAAGUUGCUCCUCUGGUUUGGAGUUUGUGUAAUUUAUUUAUGAGUUUUUGCAUUAAGAAAAUAAGAAAUAACGUCUAAAAUAGAGUGUCAUUAAUCUGUCAUUGUAAAGAGAAAAAAAACACACACACAAAAAAAAUCGGACGUUAAAUAGUGUGCUUCACGCAUGUUUCACCGGGCGAGAUGUGCUAGGCGUAAUUGCCUGUCUUUGUCUCUGUCUCUAUGCAUCAUCACUCUCGAUCGAUAUCUCGACAUUCCUUUAAUUUGAUGAGUUAUCAUUAUUACAGGCCACAAUUGUUAUGGACUACUCGAGCAUCUGUUUUUUAUUUUCAUCAUUUAUUAUUUUAUUUUAUUUUAUUUUAUUGAUGAUAUAUACAUAUUUUUGAUUGGAUGAAGGCCAUUUUUUUUUUCAUUUUUCUCAGUCCACAUACCUCAGAGACAACCAUUGAUUAGACAAAAAAAAAUAAUCAUACUGUCAUAGUGUAGUCAUCAUAAUCAUAAUCAUCGCUGUAAUCCUGAAUGUCAGGAUUUAUACAAAAUUCAUCCACACAAUUCCAACCAUCCAACAACUGAACUGACUAAAUCCAAUCAGAUAGAGAUGAAAUAUAAUGAAAUAUAUACAUGUGUAUAUAUAAUAUACACAACCCCAAAUCAAAUGAUGUUGGGACAAUGUACUUUGAUUUGCAAACAUAUUUAACCUAUAUUCAACUGAAUACACUACAAAGACAAGAUAUUUAAAGAUGUUCGAACUGAACUUUAUUGUUUUUUUCCAAAUAUUUACACGUUUUGAAUUUUAUGCAGCAACACAUUUCAAAGACGUUGGGACAGGGGCAACAAAAGACUGGGAAAUUUGAGAAAUGCUAAAAAAUAUAUAUUAAAAAAAUAAAUAAAAAUAAAAACUGUCUGCAACAUUCCAUAGGUAAAAAGUUUAAAUAAAAGCAAGUGAGUGUCAUGAAAGACAAGAUAUUUAAAGAUGUUCAAACAGAUAAACUUUAUUGGUUUUUCCAAAUAUUUGCUCAUUUUAAAUUAAAUGCUGCAAUAUGUUUCAAAUAAAUUGGGACCGGGUGCGAUUAAAGACUGAGAAAUGCUCCAAAACAAAAACAAACAAAAAAAUGCCUGUGUGAAAGUUAUUUAGAAGCAGAUGAGUGUCAUGAUUGGGUGUAAAGGGAGCAUCCCUUCACAGGCAAGGAUUGUGCGAGAUUCACCACUUUGUGAACAACUGCAUAAGCCAAUAGUGCAACAGUUCAAGAACAACAUUUCUCAACAUGCAACUGCAAGGAAUUUACAGAUAUCAUCACCUACAGUCCAUAAUACCAUCAAAGUGUCCUAUAGUCUGAGGAGUCCAUGUUUCACAUUGUUUUUGGAAAUAAUGUACGUCGUGUCCUCUGGGCCAAAGAGGAUAAGGACCAUCCAGAUUGUUAUCAGUGCACAGUUAAAGAGCAGCGUCUUUGAUGGUACAUCUGUGAAGGCACCAUUAAUGCUGAAAGGGACAUCCAGGUUUCUAGAGCAGCAUAUGCUGCCAUCAAAGUAACAUGUUUUUUAGGAACAUCCCGCUGAUUUCAGCAAGACAAUGCAGAGCCACAUUCUGCACGUCUUACAAUAGUAAAAGAGUGCGGGUGCUAGACUGGCCUGCCUGCAGUCCAGACCUAAUAUUAAAAAUAUGACAACAGAAAAGUGGGAAAGAGUUCCACCUACAAAGCUUCAACAAUUAGUGUCCAACAAUUAUUUCCCAAACACUUCUUGAGUGUUGUUAAAAGGGAAGCUAAACUUGAUCCUGUACCAACUUUUUUUAAACUUGUUGCUGCAUCAAAUUAAAAAGUGAAUAUUUAUCUGUUUGAACAUUAAAUAUAUUAUUUUUUGUAGCGUAUUCAAUUGAAUAUAGGUGGAAAAUGAUUUGCAAAUCAUUGUAUUCUGCUUUUAUUAUGUUUUACACAACAUCCCAACUUCUGUGUAUUUGUCACGUUCUCAUCCUGUUCUGUGUCUCGCUUGUCUGUCUCUGUGUUUUUCGUGCCUUUCUGUUUGUUUAUAUACCUUUCUUGGCGCAUGGCCAUCUCUGUGUUCAUUCGUAGCUCCACCCCCUCAUUACCUGCUCUCAGAUGUUUCCUGUUUCCUCCUGUUCCCUUCAUGUGUAUUAAAGCCCUUGUCUUUUCAGUGUUAGUUGCUUGGUUCCUCUGUCAGGAUGUGCUGCAAGGGAGACACGGAGGCGGUCGCAAAUGCAAGUGUUUUUUAUUAACAGAAAAACACAAAUCUAGAUAAAUAAACAAACAGGGAAACUAGAAUAAACACAGAACACAUUUAGAACUAAAAACAAAGAAAGAACUACAGCCUAACACGUGAAACGUGCAGGAACCAACAAACUAACACUGAAAACACAGGAGCUUAUAUGCACAUGGAGGGGACAGGAAACAGGAAACACCUGGGGACAGGUAAUGAGGGGACGGAGCUACAAAUGAACACAGGUGGAAGCAAAUAAACAGAAGGGCAGGAAAAACACAGACAGGAGACAGACACAGAACAGGAUGAGAACAUGACAGUAUAUGUUAUUAUAUAUAUAUAUAUAUAUAUAUAUAUAUAUAUAUAUAUAUAUAUAAAAUCCCAGAGAAUAGACACACACACACAAACAUUACUACCAUCCAUAGUGGUGGAACUGAAGCACAAGGUUGUAAUUAAAUUUGAUGGGUUAUGGCGUCUGUGCUGCCGUCUGGCAGAGAGUUUUGUAUGUGGUUACCUAUGAAGAUGUACUGUAAACAUAAUUACAGAUUUUUGGGAUUUUUUAAUUUUUUUUAUUUUCUGAAUAUUUUCUCUUUUUUUUUUUCGUUUGGGCAUUGAGCUCACAGCCAUAUAUAUAUAUAUAUAUAUAUAUAUAUAUAUAUAUAUAUAUAUAUAUAUAUAUAUAUAUAUAUAUAUAUAUAAAGGGUAGGUGCAAUAGAGUUCCAAUUCAAAUUCCAAAUCCAAACAACAAAAAAACAGAAAAAAACUAAACUAUAAAUGAGAGCAUGACCCCUCCCCCACACCACCUUUCUACCUUUCCAUACAAAUUUCAUAUCAUAUCCCUAAUUUCUGAACUUGAAUUGCACCCACUCUUUUGGGCUGUUUGUGGUACGUGUUUUGGACCGUGAGCUUCGUCUACUGGAUUUAUGAUUUCCGACCGAUUUUAUGGAACAGAGCGGUUUGUUUGAUGACGGAAGAAGACGGGUUCUAGCGUUAUCUUCAGCAGAGGAGUUGUGCUUGUCUGUACAUGGCCAGAAUCCACACCUUUACAACGGGCUGAGUUGGUGCAAAAUACCUGAUACCUGUUUCAACAAGAGCAUCAAACUGUAAUCAACUGUCACCUUUGAGAAUAAAAAAAACACACACACACACACACAAAAACAAGAACAAGAACAAAAAGUGCAUCGCUCCUCUUUUACGAUACGAUUUCCAGGAGAGGAGCCAGUACAAUUCUGUUCAAACUCCCUGUAAUGUAAAGGAAUUGUUGCUUCAUAUGUUUUUUCUUUUUCUUUAUGGAGAUUGUGUGUUCAUAUUUAAGACUUACAAUAAUAAAAUGUUGUAUCUAAAUAGAA